UUCAAGUUAUUAUGAAGUGAUAAGUUUCAAUAGUUCAUCCUUGGCAACUGACCAGCAAUUACUGUGCUUUGGGCCUUUUGCAGUGAGUUGAUAUCACGAGUGAACAGGUCCAAGAUUCUUGUAGACCGGUGACAGAAUGCGAGACUCGGAGGGGAUGAAUCGGAAUGUCAAUCAAUAAAGCCGUCAACGGUACCUAGUCCAGACAGUAGGCUAAGCAGCACUAGACGAAGACGUGUCUGAAGUUGGACUAUAGUCAAGUCAUGCAGCAGGAACAUUUGUUUAAAGUUCUUGUUAUCGGGGACCUUGGAGUCGGUAAAACCUCGAUAAUAAAGCGAUACGUUCAUCAGAUAUUUUCUCAACACUACCGCGCCACCAUCGGCGUAGAUUUUGCUUUGAAAGUACUUCAAUGGGACAGUGAAACGGUUAUUCGCCUCCAGCUCUGGGAUAUUGCCGGCCAGGAGCGCUAUGGCAACAUGACUCGUGUGUAUUACCGAGAGGCGCUGGGGGCGUUAGUGGUGUUCGAUGUGACGCGGGCGUCAACCUUUGACGCCGUGCUGAAGUGGAAGGAUGACCUUGACUCCAAGGUCACGCUGACCCACGGCAGACCUGUCCCAGCCGUCCUACUGGCUAACAAGUCUGACCAGGUCUUCACCCCUCUGCCCAAGAUGGACGCCUUCUGCCGUGACAACGGCUUUGUAGGCUGGUUCCCGACCUCAGCCAAGGAGAACACCAACAUCGAGGUGGCAGCCAGGUGCCUGGUAGAACACAUCCUGGCCAAUGAGGAGACAGCGGCCCCUAAGGCCGAUCCUGAUUUGCUGAUCCUCCCUGGCCACAACAACACCACCAAGGAGAGAGCCCGCUGCUUGUCCUGUGCCAAGACCUGACCAAUUAGUGACAACCAGGAAGUGACCAGUGGCAUUGCUCGUGACCCACCUCUCCACCCAACCCUGGACUGCAUCUCUGCUCUUCAUACAGUAGAAUAUGGGGUGGUCUGGAUACUGCCCAACACUUUUUAUUUAUCCUGUAUUCAUACAGGGGAGCUGUCAAGGUGGGCUGGGACA